AUGCCCCAGCAAUCAUACACACAGCAGCCAACCUACGUUCAGGGUGGCCCUGUGCAACCUGUUUCUCAACCUGUUUCUCAACCCCAAUACGCACUUUUCCCAUCUGCUCCCUCCAUGCCCUCCAUUCGUCCUUCAUCCGGGGCAUGGAACCCACAGGAUGACCAGACAUUGAUGGCGGCGCGACAUGACGGAAUGAAUUGGGGCCACAUUCAGCAGGCGUAUUUCCCAACCAAGACACCAAACGCAUGCAGAAAACGACAUGAGCGCUUGAUGGAGAAAAAGAGCGCCGAUGAUUGGGACAGCGAGAGGUUGGAGAAUCUGGCCAAGCAGUAUAUGGCCAUGCGGAGGGAGAUUUGGUCUGGGCUUGCGGCGGCGACAGGCGAGAAAUGGAUGGUUGUUGAGCAGAAGUGCAUGUCACAAGGCAUCAAAAACAUGCAAACCGCAGCACGAGCCUGCACGCGCCGUGAAGGCGCCUUAUCUGGAUCACCCAGUCUUCAGGACCCUCUCCAAAAGUAUGAUGAUUCCGGUGUCUCCGGCAUUGAUGAUUUGGAAGCUGAGUGUGAUGCAGAUGGCGCCUCGAAUCAUAGCGGCCCAUCCGGUCUCGGUGGCUAUGGGCAGUACCAGGACCAUCAUCAGAAUAGGGCUGCUAGACAGCAUGGAGGGGUAUACGUUCACGCUCAGGGACUCGGUCAGGCUGGCUCUCGAUUAUCGAGUAUGGAUAUGGGGAUUGGCGCUAUUAUUAACCGUCAUGAUGGCCGUUAG